AUGAAGACUAUAAAAGAAAAGACGAAGGAACGCCAAAGAUCAAGAAAAUCUGCCAAGACAAGGAGGAUAACCCAGAGGAAGCCAUCUUCAGGACCUGUUUGCCGGCUAUGCCUUCAAGAACCUGGGGAUCCUGAAAAAUUAGGGGAAUUUCUUCAGAAAGACAAUCUCAGCGUGCAUUAUUUUUGUCUUAUCCUAUCUAGCAAGCUGCCUCAGAGGGGCCAGUCCAACAGAGGUUUGCAUGGAUUCCUGCCUGAAGACAUCAAAAAGGAGGCAGCUCGUGCAUCUAGGAAGAUCUGCUUUGUGUGCAAGAAAAAGGGAGCUGCUAUCAACUGCCAGAAGGAUCAGUGCGUCAGAAACUUCCAUCUGCCUUGUGGCCAAGAAAGGGGUUGCCUUUCACAAUUUUUUGGAGAGUACAAAUCAUUUUGUGGAAAACAUCGCCCAAAACAGGACAUCCAAGAGGGGAACGUGAGGGAGGAAAGCUGCGUCUUGUGUUGUGAAGAUUUAUCCCAAGCGAGUGUUGAGAACAUCCAGAGCCCAUGUUGUAGUCAAGCUGUCUACCACCGCAAGUGCAUACAGAAAUAUGCCCACACAUCAGCAAAGCAUUUCUUCAAAUGUCCACAGUGUAACAAUCGAGAAGAGUUUCCUCAAGAAAUGCUAAGAAUGGGAAUUCACAUUCCAGACAGAGAUGCUGCCUGGGAACUCGAGCCAGGGGCUUUCUCAGAAUUGUAUCAGCGCUAUCAGCAUUGUGAUGCCCCCACCUGUCUGUACGAACACGGCCGAGACAGCUUUGAGGAUGAAGGGAGGUGGCGCCUCAUUCUGUGUGCUACAUGCGGAUCCCAUGGAACCCACAGGGACUGCUCCUCUCUUAGAUCCAACAGUAAGAAAUGGGAGUGUGAGGAAUGUUCACCUUCUGCUUCAGCCACAGACUACAUACCUGAAAACUCAGGUGACAUCCCCUGCUGCAGCAGCACCUUCCACCCCGAGGAGCAUUUCUGCAGAGACACUAGCCUGGAAGAGAAUCCAGGCCCUUCUGGGACUGAUUAG